GUGAGGUUCGACAUAUGUAUGUAAAAUGACUGAGGAACCCGAUUUCCCGCUCCGGCCACAGCGGCGUCAUUCUUAAUUUCAACAAAAGCCUCUUCUUCGGCCUUGGCUCCCCUAAACGCAAACUCAAUUAACAUGGCCACUGGGGCAGCUAAUAUUCCCUUCGCCCUGCUUGAAGCGCCCACCGACCGGCAGCGAAUCACCGAUGACCUUAAUGCCGAGGCGCACGUGACCGGUUUGCUAUAGCUCCUUGAGGAAUACUAAAAGUCGAAUGGCUUUCACUGACAGUUAUUUCCCCAGAUGAUGGUCGCGUGGAAGUCGCGGUCAAUGAAGGAGGCCCGAAGGCAGUCAGCCUGCUACAAGCGCUCCAGGCCCGGUCAAUCCCCAUUCAUUCACAGAUAAAGGAGAUUCGCUUCCCAAUCCGGCUUAAUGUGGUGAUCCACGUCGUGGGAUCGCGCGGUGACGUCCAACCUUUCAUUGCCUUAGGCCAGGCUCUGCAGAAACACGGACAUCGCGUGAGACUAGCGACCCAUUUCGUGUUCCGCGACUUUGUCAAAGAUAAUGGGUUGGAGUUUUUCAAUAUUGGGGGCGACCCGGCGGAGUUGAUGUCAUUCAUGGUCAAGAAUCCGAAGCUGAUGCCGAAGAUGAAGACCCUUUUACAAGGAACCGUUGGGAAACGUCGCAAGGAGAUUCGGACCAUGAUUGGGGGAUGUUGGCGGUCGUGUUUCGAAACCGGCGAAGGUACUGACCCGACUGGUUCUGACGCCAUGACUGCGCUGCCUUUUGUGGCCGACGCGAUUAUUGCAAAUCCGCCGAGUUUUGCGCAUUUCAACUGUGCGCAAAAGAUGGGAGUACCGUUGCAUAUGAUGUUCACCAUGCCAUGGUCGCCUACCCAGGCCUUUCCACAUCCUCUGGCGAAUAUUCUUACCCGCGAUGCAAAGCCUUCCGUUGCAAACUUUCUGUCUUACGUCCUUACGGAGAUUCUCAUUUGGCAAGGGGUGGGUGAUUUGAUUAAUGAGUUCCGUCGCUUUGAGCUGGGAUUGGAUCAGCUGGAAGGCACAGGCGCGCCGAGCUUGCUGCACCGGCUAAGGGUUCCAUUCACAUAUUUCUGGUCCCCUUCGCUACUCCCCAAGCCGGAUGACUGGGCUGAUCACAUCGAAGUAACUGGUUUCAAUUUUCUUCCUUCAAAUCACGACUACACUCCUCCACAGGAUCUUGUCGACUUUCUUGAAGCAGGCCCCCCGCCGCUGUAUAUCGGGUUCGGUUCCAUUGUGGUCGAUGAUCCCGAUGCUCUUUCGCGGACCAUCCUAGAGGCGGUCGAGAUAACAGGCCAACGGGCCGUUAUUUCAAAAGGAUGGGGCGGACUUGGAGCCGGCCUCAUCAACCAGCGUGAUGUAUUAUUCUUAGGAAACUGCCCGCAUGACUGGUUAUUCCAGAGAGUCUGCUGUGUGAUUCAUCAUGGUGGAGCUGGAACGACAGCUACCGGUGUUGCUUUGGGACGACCAACAGUCAUUGUCCCUUUCUUCGGUGACCAGCCGUUUUGGGGCGCGUUGGUGGCGCAGAACGGAGCAGGCCCUCCACCUAUUCCAAUACAACAGCUAACCGCGACCCGUCUCGCGAACGCAAUCCGUUUUUGUCUUGGGGUUGACACCGUCGAAAAGGCACAGAAACUGGGUGAGAGAAUCCGAGCAGAGGACGGUGCUCGCAGUGCAGUAGACAGCUUCCACCAGAAGCUGGAUGUUCAACGUCUUCAAUGUGCGCUGUGUCCUGAUCGUCCGGCCGUGUGGCGCAUUAAGAAGACAAGAAUUCUGCUUAGCGCAUUUGCGGCCACUGUUUUGGUUGUGGAGAAGAAGCUUGAUCCAAAAGAUGUCAUGCUGUACUACUCAAAACGGUAUAGCACAAGCGAUGGCUGCCUAGGGGCCGAUGCUUUUUCAGGAGCCAUUAGUAAUUUCCUGACCGGGGUGGUUGGGAUGCCGCUAAAUGCUGUGCAAAAUAUCCUACAGCCACCAUCGGAACGCUUCGCUGCAAGCUACAACAUGCCUCCUCACGAGGCAUAUCAAACUAUGCAGUUGCCCGAGGUACCCAGAGUCUCUAGCCAGGCUGAAGUGACAACAAACAAUGACGCAGGGCAGGCGCCGUGCUUAUCGUCAGCGGUAACGAUUCAGUCCCAGGUUGGUGCGCCGUCCAUGGCGACUAAACAGGGCCGAUUGAAGAAAUUAGGGGUCAGUGCAAGUUAUAUGGGCCGCCGAACGCUAAAUUGGAUGGUAGAAGUACCCAUGGGCCUUACGGUGAUGCUCUCCCAGUUCUUCCAUUACUUACCGCGCGGCUAUCAUGAUCACGCUGUGAGGGACACACCUGAAGUGGCUGGCGUGAAGUCUGGUUUUAUUGCGGCUGGAAAGGAAUUUGGCUAUAGCUUCUAUGACGGCAUAACUGGACUCGUAACACAACCCAGGCAGGGCUGGAAUGACGGGAGGUUCGGUGGCUUGGGCAAAGGGCUUGGUAAAGGAGUGGGAGGCGUACUUCUCAAACCUCAAGCCGGGUUAUGGGGAUUGCUCGGUUAUCCCUUGAGCGGAAUCCAUCGAGAGAUAGAGCAGUCAUAUGGUGCAAAUCGAGUGGACUACGUGGUAAAGUCCCGGAUCAGACAAGGGAUUGCCGAAUGGAACGCUACUCUACCAGAGGAGAGGGCGGCGGUGUUGGAUAAAUGGAACGCGUUGGACAAAACGGGUCGGCAUUAAAUACCAAAUGCUGCGCUUCAAUUAGCCCAGCUCAUAGCCAUCAAUAUGAAUUACGCCUAAUCGGCAGGGCCUAAGGUAAUGGGGGAUUGUACACAUAAAUUCUGAAGACUGGGGGACGCCGAGUGUAUGGCAAUCUAGCUUUAUACUCUCUAUGGAGCUCUUGGCUGACUGACGAUUACUUGAAUUGGCAUCCACGAGGAUUUAAGAGUUGGCUAUGACGCAUGCACAGUUCUAUGUAUACUCUCAUUAGUUUAUAGUAAUGUUUAAAUCAAUAUACUGAGACGCUGGUGCGGAUGUGCUUCUGUCAUGUCCUAGGUAUUCAAGUUGUUAUGCCUUCUGAUCGCUGUCGCAGUUUAAAAUCGGGCUUCGAUUUCAUUCCCAAUGCAGGAGGCCCGGGCAUACCUGUGGAGCUCG